GUUUCCUGUUUUACGUUAUGAUAACCUGCAACUGCAGACCAUAACUGUAUGUGUGUGUUUCAAUGUAUUGGUACAGUCAUGGAUAUUUUUAAUUACUGGUCAUAAAAUCCUUUACAAUUGGAUAAUGAUUAUAUGCAAUUAGGUGGAAAUGCCCAAAGCGGCAAAGGGCUGUUAAAGGACACUGGCUCUAAUCUGGAAUGCUAGAUGUUUAAUGCAAUUUACCUAUCAAGAUAGAGCAGUUUACCAUUUGCGUCUGCCCAAAUAAUCAAUUAAGCAUUUAAUGAAAGCAUUGAUGCUUUUCAAGAUUCCUAACCUAUUUUUUUAUGUGUUUUGUGGUAUUUUGUAUAGAUAUCUUUUGCAUCAAUCACAUACUGAAAAUAUAUAGGCCUACUUCUAAAUAUUGAUAAUCUGCAACCCAAUUUGCAAGUUCUUCUUUGUUUUCAAGCAUUGCCAGAUUGUUCAGAUGUGUGCUAAUGUGUCUGAAUGUUGUUUUUGGCUAUUAAAGCCUUUAUGAAAUCCCUGUAAAGAUUAGGCUUAUGUGAGACAGUCACCUCAUCAAAAAGUUAAACUGGUAUCAGGCUCUGUUGUGGAGGGGCUUUGCCUCAGGAGCCCUUGCUAAAAACAGCUGUUACCUGCUGGUCACUUUGGCUGUCUUAACUCUCAGCGUCAUAACCCAGUUUCCAACUUAGAGUUAAUUUGAUCUUGUGCACUGUUUUAUUCCUGAAGAGACAGCAGUACUGUACUGAUACUGAUGCUACAGUAUCUCGACUGAAGUUUGUGAGAGUGAAAAAAAAAAUUAUUUUAGACUGAUUGUUUGAUGUAUUUUAUACUCCAUCUUAAUGUAAUUUGUAUGUAAUUCAAAUUAUAUUGAACUUACAUUUGUAUUGCAGUUAAGAUUACAACAGAAAAGGUUAACCUCAUUUUUCAAAUGAUAAAAUAUGCAUAUAAAUGCACUUGAAUGACAAGUGCACAGUGGUCCAGUCCAGUAUAUUUCAUAACUCACCACAUUUGAAAAUAAAUUGUCUUCAAUCUUCUGUGGUAAUCAACAGAUUGGCACAUAUGAUAUCCAUAGAUUUGAUCUUGUAUAUAACUUGAAAUAUUCUUUUCAAGUUUAGCACUAAGUAAAUGUUUAUAAUUCUAAUGUAUUAUUCUUUUUUCAAUUAAAAUGUAAAUUAAAAUUGUAUAAGACAUUUAAAAGAUGUAUAUCUACCUUUAUCUGAUGCAAUAUUUCUUGAACAGAACAUAGUAAAUUCUGUAAACAAAUGGAAAAGGCAAUUCAUUAAUGUUUCUAUAGGACACUAUCAGACAGACUGAAGGUAAAACAGGUCCACAUUUUAUUCAUUAUGUGAUUACUUCUAUGAAGUUAUGCAUAAGUAAAUGCCACCCGUGGCUCAAGCCCUCACAUGUGUCACGAGUCAUUGUACUGCUUCAUUUAGGAUUAGGACAAAUAACAAUCAAUAUGACUGAUCACAGCUUAAGAUCAGUGCCUGAAGCGCCUCAUAUUUGAAAUCAAUAAACUUUGGCUUUUGGGAUUGUGAUUGUAAUCUCACCAUCUUAGACAGGCUUGGUCUGAUGGUGAAUUUAACACGAUCUGAUCUGUUUAAAGGUUCGUCAUACACAUGUAUGACGGUCUUCCUGUCCGAGGAUGUGUCGUCCCGGCUGUUCAACCUCUUGGAUUUGUCCGGUGUCAGAUUAAGAGAGCGUGCUCAAAAUCUUCCACCCAAUUUGGCAGGGCGAGGGGCAAGUGGGGCGGGUGGAUUCUCCAUAUAUAAGAGCUGGUGUCCUCCAGACACUUUUCACGUAGUUUGCUUCAUGACUUCAUGUCAGCUCUGAUAUUUGUACGCACAUCAGUGCGACCGCCAAUCGCAUUUUGGUCAAGUGCAUUAACUGUACCGUUUUUUGUUGCAUUAACUUAAGCUUUUUAAGUAGUUUUUUUGUGUGUGUGUGUGGUUGUGCCUUUGAAGAAUUUCAUAAUGAAUUACUGCAUGUCAGACAUGUAUGACAUAGCCCACGGUGUGAGUGGGGGAUAUGCAGUGGCGCCCGGAGGUGAGUACUGCAUGUAUGGUGGAGAAGGGCCUGGUUUCACUCACUGUGAGCCGCAGCCAUUACACCACCAUCCUCCCAGUAUGGAGCAGGCCUGGCCACCCAGCCAACCCUACGAGUGUCCGUUUACUGGGGGCAACCCUGUGUUCAAGAGUGAGUUAUGCUCCAUGGAGGUGCCUCUCAGUCACUACCACCAACCAGACUACUACUCUGAUGGCAGGCCAGACUUCUCUCAGAUGCAGUGGAUGCAGGGGCCGCACAAGAAAGGGUACAUACCGAGUUAUCUGGACAAGGAUGAGCUGUGUGUUGUGUGUGGAGACAAAGCGACUGGCUACCAUUACCGUUGCAUUACCUGUGAGGGCUGCAAAGGUUUUUUUCGACGCACAAUUCAGAAGAAUUUAAACCCAACAUACGCUUGCAAGUACGAGGGAAAGUGUGUCAUUGACAAAGUCACCCGCAACCAGUGCCAAGAAUGUCGCUUCAAGAAAUGCAUUGCUGUUGGCAUGGCAACAGACUUGGUGCUGGAUGACAGUAAGCGUCUAGCCAAGCGGAAGCUGAUUGAGGAGAACCGUGAACGGCGGCGACGCGAGGAGCUGCAAAAGACAGUGUGGGAGCGGCCCGAGCCCACGCAGGAGGAGUGGGAGCUGAUCCGGGUUGUCACAGAGGCGCAUAUGGCCACAAACGCCCAAGGCAACCACUGGAAACAGAAGCGUAAAUUCCUGGUCGAGGAAGCAAUGCUACUUAAUGAAAUAACAUGUAAUUUAUUCUGUACUUCUGACCAGAGUGCAGUGGGGGUGAAGGAAGCAAAGCCGGAGGACAUCGGUUCGGCACCCAUCGUCAACGCACCAGAAGGGAGCAAAGUGGACAUAGAAGCCUUCAGUCAGUUUACAAAAAUUAUCACCCCCGCAAUCACUCGUGUUGUUGAUUUUGCCAAAAAACUGCCCAUGUUCUGUGAGCUGCCUUGUGAGGACCAGAUCAUUUUGCUGAAGGGUUGCUGUAUGGAGAUCAUGUCUCUGCGAGCGGCGGUGCGCUAUGAUCCCGAGAGUGAGACUCUAACGUUGAAUGGGGAGAUGGCCGUCACACGGGGCCAGCUCAAAAACGGAGGUCUGGGCGUGGUCUCAGAUGCCAUUUUUGAUCUGGGCGUCUCGCUGUCCUCCUUUAACUUGGAUGAUUCAGAGGUGGCAUUGCUACAAGCCGUGAUUUUGCUUUCCUCCGAUCGUCCAGGUUUAACGAGCGUAGAACGGAUAGAGCGUUGUCAGGAGGAGUUCCUCUUGGCCUUUGAACAUUACAUCAACUACCGUAAGCACAAGGUGGCUCACUUCUGGCCCAAGCUGCUGAUGAAGGUGACAGACCUGCGCAUGAUUGGUGCCUGCCAUGCCAGCCGCUUCCUGCACAUGAAGGUGGAAUGUCCCACAGAGCUCUUUCCGCCCCUCUUCCUGGAAGUGUUCGAAGACUGAUGGCCAACCAAUCAGGCCAGGCUGCUCCCACCAACACCAACCUCCACAAAUCCGACCUCCCCUCGAACUCUGUGUCCCUGUUCUUGGUCACAUGAACACUGUUUUUGUUCCUGGUCACUACUGAGCAUAAUUUCAUUCCAUAGUUUUAGGAGUAGCUCUCUGGCCUAAUUUGAAUGGAACCAUUCCUUUUACAAAGCGGGUACAUGUGAAUAGCGUUACAGUUUGUUUUCUUUCACUCUUUGUUUGUAAAAAAAAAAAAAAAAAAAAAAAAAAAAUCACCUUUCUGUUACUCAAUUUUUUUGCUAAAUUGUUUUAUUUCUAAUCAUAGUCUCUGAUGCCGCUUAAGUGAGAUGUAUGAACUAUGCAUUUGGGUUUCAUGUCACGUCAGUCCUCAGAAAAAAAGCGCCACACUGCAAUACCUUUUUUCCCUUUGUUUCCCUUAUAUGUUGGUUGAAAGGUCUUUUCAUGCUCACAUUAAGACAUAGCUUGGUAAUAGUUCUGUUCCAAAACCCAAUGAGCUGCCUACCUAGGCAACAUUUCCCUAGACUGAGAGUGUACAAAAGCAAAAUCAGGACUGAGGGCUCUUUAAUAUCGCAAUUGUUAGUCCUAGACAAGAUCGCUAAAUGGAAAGCGAAUUAAGACAUUUGGUAACUUAAAUUUUCCUGCUGCUGCUCCAGAGGAAGACCACAGUAAUAUUACAUCUCAGCUGCCUCAAAUUCAAUCAAAGACAGUCGAUUUCAAUAGUCAGUUUCUACCAAGACCUAAUGAUCUUCUGCUAUCCACAUUCAUUUUAUAGCUCUGUACUCUUACUUUUUCAAUAACUGUCUCAUUUCCUCUCUAAAAUAGUCAUUGCCUAAUGGUUAGAGAGUCAGACUGGUUGCGGGUUCGAUUCUCAAUACUGGCAGGAAAUGACUGAGAUGCCUAUGAAAGGCACCUAACCCCCAGUCGCUCCCAGAGUGCCGCAGAAAAAAAGGCACAGUUUGCAGUGUGUGUGUGUGUGUGUCCACUACUCACUGCUCCUAAUGUAUGUGCAGUAACUUCGAUUGAGUAAAUUCCGAGGAAAAAUUCAGAGUAUGGGUUACUAUACUUGGCAUUCACGUCAUGUCAAAGUAUAUAGAUCAAAUAGUUCAAACUAAUUAGCAAUUAAAUAUUUCACCCAAUGUGUGUGUGCUGUAUGUAUCCCAGUUUUGCAUAGCUUAGCAACAUGCUAACAUCAAACUCUGUUAGAUCAACUGGAUUGUGAAUUUCCCUUUCAUUCAUGUGAGGAAUGAUUUGGAAUGUUAUACAUAGUCAGACACUUUGUGUGCCAUACUAGUACUAUAUCACUUAUCAGGUUCCAUUUCAUUUGGCAUGCUUUCUUUGAAGCAUAUGUUGGCAAUAGACAGUAAAGCAGCUUACUUGGUUUUGGAAUUGGAACUGUUCUCUGAAAAAAAGUGGGCAAGGUAAACAAAACAUUUCUAAAUGGCAAGGUGGCAUCAGUUUUAAUGGUGGUUAGAACCCUGAGUAAAAUGUUUCUUUGUCUGUAAAAGCUUACUGGGCAAGUGGACCUUCAUGAUACCUUAGUUAGAGUUCACAGAAAGAGUAAAUUCCAGUUAUACAUAGCACAUAAAAGGUUUUUUGAUGAUCUCAUAUGUUGAUCUCUAUAAACUUUAGUCCUUGAAGAAAGGUUUUUGACUGUCAGCAGAAAACUCAUUAAAAGCCCAUGAGAGACUCUCUAGCCAGCAUACACUAACAUUAGCUUAUAAUGCCUCUAUUAAGGUGCCAAAAACUUCCCUGAAAAUCAUACUCUGCUUGGACUUGUGUUGAGCUGCUUGGAGGAACUUGAGGUCACAUUUGUACCCAGCCAUAACUAGACCUAUUAAACUGCUGGGAUGGAACUCUGUUCAGUUGAUUUUUUCUUCUCUUCUAUAGCUGUCACAUGAUAGACCAAGGCAAUGCUUCUGCUUGAACUUGUUGGUGCUAUGAGUUUGCCGAUUUAUACCUCCAGGACUGUUGUCAUUUAACCUCUGAAUGGUCUGGGUGAUUGACACGCGUAAAUACACACAAUGCUGAGGUCAGUGGUCAACCCUUCAAUGUUCAGGGAUGCUUUUGGAUGUGUCUGUGGUGUUGUUUCAGCUGUUUUCAUUUCUUUCCUGGUUUUCUUGUUUUACUGUAGUGUUUUUAAUCUUUCUAGAGACAUCCUUGUGUGCUGCAAAAGGGUUUGAAUCUCACAUACCUCUACUGAUUAUCAGGAACCGCCAGAACCUUUUUUUUGCUGUUGAAAAACGGACAUGAAUUCAGAAUCGCACCUCAAAACACAGCACAUGUUCAAUCAGUGUUCUGUUUUAGUGAUUCCUUUUUUAAGCAAUAGAAUUGCUCCAGUGGUUUUACAUGUUUUGGAUUAUACAUUCAAACGUACACGCCAACGUAGAUAUUAUACAGACUCAAAGUCAUUGCACAGACAAUCAAUGUGUCCGCAGAGAGUGUUAUAGAAAGAUGUAGAGGGAAGUAAAGGCCGCAGCCAGGAUCUAAAAUUAACUUAUACACCACAACUGUCAGUGGCGGGUGACCUGACUUUUCACUCAGCUCCACACCAAUACAUUUUUACAUAUGCUUAUGCAGACAAGCUUGACAGGACGUCCCAAUUUUUAAUAAUUUAGUAACAUUUCAUUUACAGCUUUUCCCAAAUCUAUUUUUGUUGCACAAAAGACACACAAUUUGUGAUUCUUCAGUAGAUUUUAGUAGUUUAUAUUGUUUGAUUUUAAUCGCUCACACACAAGAUUCAGAAAAUUGUUUUUACAAUUUGAUUUAAACCAUGUAUUAUGUUGUUGCUAAUAAUGUUACCAGCCAUCUGGCAAGUAAACACUUAUGCCUUUUUUUUUUUUUCCUGUGCCGGCACUUGGUGUGUUAAUUUUGGACCCUGGCCACAGAUCAGCACAUGCAUGCACAGACACGCUGGGAGUCAAUACUAUUUCCUCUGAGUGCGCAAGUAAAAAAAAAAAAAAAAAAACACAAAGCACUACAAAAAUAAAGAUAUUUAUGGAAAGAAAAGGUUGUAUUUUUUUUCAGACUGCAGAUAUUUUUUACAUGUUAUAUGCACAAUAUUAACAUUUUCCAGUUUUACACACUAGCAGAAAACAAAAGAUUGUCUUUUUUCAAAAAGUCCUGAUUUUUUAGCAGUCCCAGUUCACUGGUGAUCUCUCCUUAUUAUGUGUUUCAUUCUAAAUCCAUUGUUUAACCAUGUUAAUGACAACUAAUAUAUACUUUUUAACUAAUAAUCAUAACAAAAACAAAAAAUCCAGCACAACCAAUCACAAAAAGUGAUUCUCUGUGUGUGGGAAUGAAACCUAAAGGCCAUAGUCAAAGAAACUGACCAGAUAUCACCAGGCUAAACUGAAAGAAAUAGACCCCUUGAAACAAUCACAGUACAUGUACUUCUGUUUCUCUGUGUCUUAGUUAACACUUACCUGAUCACAUCCACAAUAUGCUGGUUGCAUGAAUAAGUGAACUUUGAAUGUGAAUCAGUUAUCCAACAUCACAAGCAAAUGUAUUUCACUUUCUCUUCAAUGUCUUUUUUCUUUACUUUACUUUUAUUUUAUUUUAUUACCAAAAUGAACGUAUUGCUCAGGCUUACUGUGUGACAGUGGAGCCUUGAAUUAAAUUCAAGUUUGGAUCAUGAUGAUUUGGAUAUCCUGGAAGAGACAUUGCACUAGAAAUAUAAUCCUGGAUUUGGCAAAAAAUGAUGACGGUGAUGAUAUUUGCACCUAAGGUGAAUAGGACAAUAAAGAUGGUUUUGAGAAACCCCUGAAA